UCUCUCCUCUGUUGCUGGGGGAGAAGCGGCGGCAGUGGAUCGGUGCGUCUCAGCGGUGGAACCGGGAGUUUUUUCCCUUUUCCAUAGGUGCGCUCUCUCUUUACGCGCGCUCCUGGACGCGAGGACUUGGGGAGCUGAACAUGGGGUCACCAUCGUCUUCAUCAUCUUCCUCAAGACCACCAUCCUCAGCAUCUCCAGCGCAACUCUUUACUUUAUGCUCGCCGGCGCAGGAUCACGAGACGCGCGCGCUCGAAUAAAACUCCGUGGCUGUUGUUUUUCUUCUGUCGUCGAUUUCCAACCCGGGAAAGUUUCCUCCUGGUGAAACUGUCAUCGACCAUAACGCGCGUGUGGAAUGGAGAUCCCAACUUUCCUGCUGCCGAGUGUGGCUCUGCUCAUUUUCGGGGGGGAAAUUUUCACCAGGGCCAUGCUGAGUGACAUUGGGGACUAUGUAGGUUCAGACAUACAAAUAUCCUGGUUACCUAACCUGGAUGAAUUAAUGAAGGGCUAUGCCAGAAAUUUUCGCCCUGGGAUAGGAGGUCCCCCUGUGAACGUGGCCAUGGCCAUUGAGGUGGCCAGCAUCGACCACAUCUCUGAAGCCAACAUGGAUUACACCAUGACGGUGUUCCUGCGGCAGAGCUGGCGCGAUGACCGCCUGUCCUACAAUCACACCAACAAGACGCUGGGGUUGGACAGUCGCUUCGUGGACAAGCUGUGGCUUCCCGACACCUUCAUCGUCAACGCCAAAUCCGCCUGGUUCCACGACGUGACCGUGGAGAACAAGCUAAUCCGUCUGCAGCCCAACGGAGUCAUUCUGUACAGCAGCCGAAUCACUUCGACCGUGGCGUGUGACAUGGACCUGACCAAGUACCCGAUGGAUGAACAGGAGUGUAUGCUGGACCUGGAAAGUUAUGGUUACUCCUCAGAAGACAUUGUGUACCACUGGUCGGAUAGUCAGAAACAUAUCCAUGGCCUGGACAAACUGGAGCUCUCCCAGUUCACCAUCACAGACUAUCGCUUUGUCACUGAGAUGAUGAACUUCAAAUCUGCUGGACGAUUUCCGAGGCUCAGUCUUCGCUUCGAGCUGAGACGUAAUCGUGGCGUCUACAUCAUCCAGUCAUACAUGCCUUCCAUAUUACUGGUGGCCAUGUCAUGGGUAUCCUUCUGGAUCAGCCAAACAGCAGUCCCUGCCCGUGUAUCCUUAGGGAUCACAACUGUUCUCACCAUGACCACGCUGAUGGUGAGCGCCCGCUCCUCCCUGCCACGAGCAUCAGCCAUCAAGGCGUUGGACGUCUACUUCUGGAUCUGCUACGUGUUUGUGUUCGCGGCGCUCAUAGAGUACGCCUUCGCGCACUACAACGCUGACUACCGACUCAAAGAGAAGGCCAAGGUGAAAGCCAACAAGCUCAGCUCUGAGUCCAUUGUAAAGAACGGCAAACAGGCCAUGGUUCUGUUCUCCCUGUCGGUUACUGGCAUGAACCAGGGUGUGAUGAUCUCCAGCCGCCAAGGCCGGACCCAGCGCUCCAGCAGCGAAAUCCCUGGGGAGGGCGGCGCAGAAGAAGCUGAGCCGAGGAGGAGGCGGUCCAGGCAGACAGAGGAGAGCGAGGAGGAGAAGAAGUGCUGCUCCAAGUGUGUCUGCAAGCCCGUCGACGCCGACACCAUCGACAUCUACGCCAGGGCCGUGUUCCCUUUCACUUUCGCCGUGGUGAACGUGAUCUACUGGGUGGCAUACACCAUGUGAGGAGCAGGCAGAGGGCCUGUGCCAGUGGCUGUCGUCCAAAGGCUGUAUAUAAGAACCUGCUGGAGCUGGGCCACUUCAGUGCUGUCGGACUGGUGCAGCUGAAAUAUACUGCAGGCCUCAGUGGGAAAAAAAAACCUCAGACGAAAUGAGGUGUUACAACCUGUGAAUGUGGAUGUGUGGUAAUUAAUGGAAGUAGAGAUGAGUUAGCAGAACUUCACAUCUUUAAAUACAAAUGCAGAACUGUGACUCACGAAGGGAAAGGACGAGAUGUUGGAGAUUCACACACUCAGUGACUGCAACAAUCUAGAUUUCCAUGUCAUCCUGUUUCAUGAACUCUCUCAACACUGGACUCUACAGCAAAACACCCUGCUUGAUCGCCCCGCUGCACCGACCAUAUCUCUAAGCAUACGUUAGCUGAACUAACCUCGAAGCCACAAUCUGGAGUGAACCGCCUGUUAUCUCGGAAAAAAAAAAGAAAAGCAGAAGCGCCGCCCCAAACACGAGGAUAACACGAUGAGAUUUACUACUACUAAUCUGCAUGGCUGAUAACUCCCCCACCCCCGUCCCUGGACAUCACCCCCACCCCG